CAAACUAACACACGGUGCUUCAGUUUUCCUAUAUGAGUGAUAAGACAAAAUUAACCUUCAUUGCUCAAAUUUUUCCAUCUUUCUCCUUCCACCAUCAUCAACACUCACUCUUCUAACCUUCAAGUUUUCCAGAUCUGCAGAUUAAUUGGAACUGAAUAAUGGGUAUGAAAUUUUUUUUUUGGAAGGAGAAAUUUAUUAAUAAAGAAGGGAACCAAGAGCAGUAGAACCGACUCAAGGACCAGGAACAACAGAAACUAGCCAAGGAUCCCCACAUAGACAGCAUCACGAGGCCAAAAAGAAAAGGAACAAAAACCAGAAGAUGAGAAAAUGUAGCAGAAAGCAAGAGACAGAAAAUUAGAGAAUAAUGGGUAUGACAUUUACCAACUCUCACUCUUCUAAUCUUCAACUUCAACCUUUCUCUUCCAACCCUAUCUUCUUCUUCAUCUUCUGUCACAAAGCUCUUCACUUUCUCCAUCCCCAUUUCCAAUUAACCAGAUUCAUCAAAACUGGGUUUGUGUCUAUUCUUCUGGGUUUUGCUGGGUCUCUAACUGCAGUUCAUCCAGCCACUGCGUUGUACAGCCACAACCCCAACGCACCGCGCAUCCGCCAGCGGUUGUACAGCAACACCAGCGGCGUUCUCAGCACAAUCGGUACUCCGACCAAUGUAGAACCAUGGAGAUGGCUUACUUGAUGGCUUUGAAGCAUUUCUGGGCAGCAAAACACCAAAGAUCUCCACCACGGUUCCUAGAUCUGGGCAAACUUCCACAUACCUGCAGCUGGAGUUUCCAGCCAACUCCGGCGUCGUUUUAAAGCGAGACCACCACCAUUAGACUUCUCGUCUUGAGAGCUUUCAGAUCCUGUAGUUAGCUCGUUGAAGUGAAGCUUGGGUGCGCGGCGGACAAAGAAGCGACACGGCGGAGAUGGUGCGGUGGUGGAUGAAUCCGACCAAUGGGGGUGGGUUGGGGAAGAAGAAGGGUGUUUUUGUAAAUUAAGAUAUAAUUAACAAAUGAAUUGUUUUAAUGCUAAUUUAUCUGAACCGUUAAAAUUUAAAAAUAUCAGAUCUAAUGGUGCAUAUGAAACUGAAGCACCGUGUGUCAGUUUAGGUGAAACCCCAUUUCUUGCCAAAUUCAGGUGAUUUCUCAGAACAUAAACACUGGAAACCAUAGUGUCUAUAACCCCUUUAUAUAAUUGUUACCUCUUUCACUUUUUCAUCCUUGCUUUCAUUGUGUGUCUGUAGACUCCAAUGAAAAUUCUAUAUGUUCCAUCACCAUGGCUUUGCAUCAUAUUCUUAUACUGCUUCUGGAUAUACCUCAGUGUAGACAUCACUGUGGCCUCUGGCCAAAUGGUUGAUGAUCAAGAUCGACAGUUAUUACUCAAACUGAAGAACAGCCUCAAAUUCAAGUUUGAAAACUCUACAAAACUUGUGUCUUGGAAUCCAAGCACUAGUUGCAGUGAGUGGGGUGGUGUAACCUACGACGAGGAGGGACAUGUUACUGGUCUUGAUCUGAGUGGAGAAUCAAUCUAUGGAGGACUUGACAAUUCAAGUAGUCUUUUCAAUCUCAAAAAUCUUCAGCGUUUGAAUUUGGCUUCAAAUAGCUUCAAUUCUGCUUUUCCAUCCGGAUUCAACAAUUUGAAGAAAUUAACUUAUCUGAAUCUGUCACAAGCUGGCUUUAUGGGGCAGAUACCACUAGGGAUUUCUCACUUGACAAGGUUGGUUACCCUUGAUAUCUCUUUAUCUUCUCUGUAUGAUCAACUUCUGAAACUUGAAAUCCUAGAUAUACAAAAGUUUGUCCAAAACUUCACUAGGAUUAGGCAACUGUAUCUGGAUGGUAUAAGUAUAAGAGCUCAGGGUCAUGAAUGGUGCAAUGCUUUGUUGCUAUUGCCUAGCCUGCAAGAACUGAGUAUGUCAAACUGCAAUCUUUCUGGACCACUUGACCCUUCCCUGGCAAGACUUGAGAAUCUCUCUUUCAUUCGUCUUGAUCAGAACAAUUUAUCAUCUGAAGUGCCAGAAACCCUUGCAAAUUUGCCUAAUCUGACGACCCUGCAGCUUAGUUCUUGUGGAUUGACUGGAGUAUUUCCAGAGAAGAUUUUUCAGGUAGCAAAAUUGUCAGUUAUAAACUUAUCAUUUAAUAAGAAUCUUUAUGGUUCUUUCCCAGAUUUCCCAUCAGGUGCAUCUCUUCAUACUUUGAUUGUAAGUAAUACAGGUUUCUCAGGAGAACUACCAGUUUCAAUGAGUAAUCUGAGGCAGCUAUCCAUCUUAGAUCUUUCUAGUUGCCAGUUUAACAGCACACUUCCCCGUUCGAUUUCAAAACUCGGGGAAAUAACUCAUCUGCAUUUGUCAUUUAACAACUUCACUGGUCCAAUUCCAUCCUUGAAUAUGUCCAAGAAUCUCAUCCAUUUGGACCUGUCUCACAAUGCUUUCACAGGUUCAAUUGCAUCAGUUCACCUGGAAGGCCUCAGAAAACUGGUCCUAAUUGAUUUGCAGGACAACUUCCUUACCGGAAGUGUUCCUCCUUCUCUUUUUACGCCCCCGUUGCUACAAAGUGUUCAACUUUCCAACAACAAUUUCCAGGGUCGGUUGAGUGAAUUUUCAAAUAGCUCUUCCUCCAUGUUAGAGGUUCUUGAUUUAAGCAGUAACAAAAUAGGAGGGUCCAUUCCUACAUCUAUUUUUCAUCUCAGAUCACUUAAUGUCCUCCAACUCUAUUCAAACAAGUUAAAUGGCACACUAAAGCUAGAUGUGAUUCAGAGACUUGUAAAUCUCACCACACUGGAUCUUUCACACAACAAUUUGUCAAUAGAAGCAAAUGUUAAGGAUGUGAACGUAUCCGCCCUCCCCAAGAUGAGUAGUGUAAAGUUGGCUUCCUGUAAUUUGAAAGAAUUUCCAAGUUUCUUGAGAAACCAAUCCAGAUUAAACUCUUUAGACCUCUCAGGAAACCAUAUUGGGGGAUCUAUACCCACAUGGAUUUGGCAACUUGGCUCCCUUACUCAAUUAAAUCUUUCUCACAAUUUGCUCCAAGAGUUAGAAGAACCUGUGCAGAAUCCUAGUCCAAGUUUGAGUGUCCUUGACCUUCACUCUAACCAGCUACAAGGGGAACUUCAAGUAUUUCAUGCUCAUCUCACUUAUUUGGACCUUUCAAGCAAUAACUUAAGUUCCACUUUUCCAUCAAAUAUCGGUACUCACUUGUCUUCUAUAAUUUUCCUGUCUCUUUCCAAAAAUAAUUUAUCUGGGAGUAUUCCUCCAUCCUUAUGCAAUAAUUCAAAUCUGCUAGUUAUUGAUGUUUCUUCCAAUCAGUUUGAAGGGAAAAUUCCACAGUGCUUAACACAGAGUGAGACCCUUGUAGUGUUAAAUAUGCAAAAUAACAAGCUGGAUGGAGAAAUUCCUGAUACUUUUCCAGCAUCUUGUGCUCUGAAGACUCUAGAUCUCAAUGGGAAUCUGUUGGGGGGCUCAAUUCCUAAAUCUCUUGCUCAAUGCAGUUCAUUAGAAGUGUUAGACAUCGGAACCAAUCAGCUAAGUGAUGGAUUUCCAUGCUUCUUGAAGCCAAUAUCCACACUCCGUGUCAUGGUUUUGCGGGGAAACAAAUUCGACGGUCCCAUUGGAUGUCCUCAGACCAAUGACACUUGGCAUAUGCUUCAAAUUGUUGAUGUGGCUUUCAACAAUUUCAGUGGUCCACUUCCAGUUAAAUGCUUAAAAACAUGGGAGGCAAUGAUGCUUGAAGAAAACUACAAUGCAUCAAAGUUCAAUCACAUUGGAUCACAGAUCCUUACAUAUGGCCAUAUAUAUUAUCAGGAUUCAGUGACACUUACCAGCAAAGGCUUACAGAUGGAGUUUGUGAAAAUCCUAACAGUCUUCACUUCUGUUGACUUCUCAUCCAACAAUUUGCAAGGGCCAAUACCAGAAGAGCUCAUAAAUUUCACAGCACUUCGUGUUCUCAACUUGUCACAUAAUGCUUUGAAUGGCACAAUCCCAUCAUCAAUAGGGAAUUUGAAACUGCUUGAGUCUUUGGACCUGUCAAACAACUAUUUUGAUGGAGGAAUUCCCACACAGCUUGCAAGCUUAACUUUCCUCUCAUACUUGAACCUUUCCUUUAAUCAUCUGGUGGGAAAAAUCCCUGCAGGAACACAACUUCAAACAUUUGAUGCAGCUUCCUUUGCUGAUAAUGAAAGACUAUGUGGAAGUCCUUUGCCUGAAAAGUGUAGCAGUUCAAGCAAUCCAACAGAAGAAUUACAUCAAGAUUCAAGAGUUAAAUUUAAAUGUUCUUCUAUAUCUAUAGGGGUGGGUUUUGGGGUUGGAGCAGGGUUGGUUGUUGCCCCAUGUAUGUUUUGGCACAGAGGGAGAAAAUGGAGCAACAAUAACAUUGAUAAAAUUCUUCUUUUCAUUCUUCCACUGGUUGGCUUGAGUUAUACACCCAUUGAUGAUGAUGAGGCAGAGGAUGAUACAGAAGAAAAUAACUCUGAUAUGGAGGAGGAGGAGGAGGAGGAAUGUGAUUCCAAUGAAGAAGAUACUCUGGGUGAUCACAGGUUUCAAGGGAAGUUUUGUGUUUUUUGUUCCAAGCUUAAUAUCAGUAAAAAGAGGGUUAUUCAUGACCAAGGGUGUACUUGUUACCACUCAUCAACUCUUUCAACAUCUACAUAUCCAGAGUCAUAUUCUUAGUCACAUAUGUGAUAAAGCAUGCUACAUUUUCUGUUUUGUUCCCCCCUUAUUUGUUCAGAAUACAUAAUGUAUAUUUGCAUACAAUUACACUCAUAAAAUCAACCCAAGGGUGGCAAAAAAUAAUGAAAAGAGGCAACAAAGUCUCUCUUAAUUUUGGGAUGCUUUUGUUGGCAUUCCUUGAUUAGAAAAUUCAUUGAAUAAUGGAACGCCAGGGUCCAAUGCUCUGGUUCAGGACUUUUGUCAAACACUUGAUACCCAAUGGUUGAGUGACGAUAUAUACACACCUAUUUUUUUAUACA